AUGCUUAUUUCCAAGGAGAACCGAAGGGCCAUCUAUGAGUCCCUCUUCAAGGAGGGCGUCAUGGUCGCCGAAAAGGACUUUAACGCUCCUUCCCACCCCGACCUUCCCCAGGUCCGAAACUUGGAGGUCAUCAAGGCCAUGCAGUCCUUGACUUCCAAGGGAUACGUCAAGACCCAGUUCUCGUGGCAGUGGUACUACUACACCCUCACCCCCGAGGGUUUGGACUACCUCCGAGAGGUUGGGGUGGGGUCGGAGCUGAUCACCGAUUAUUCUGCUUUUGCCUUCCUCUUAACCUUCGUCCACCCCGUUCUUUUCGUACUUGUCCCUACGCGCGACCUCCAGUUCCUCCACCUCCCCAGCGAGAUCGUCCCCCAGACCCACAAGAAGCCCGUCCGAGCCCAGCCUCCUGCCAGGCAAGGAGGUGCCGGUCGAGACGGCGCCUACAGGGCUCCUCGAGGUGGGGACCGAGAGGGAUACAGGAGGAGGGAGGAUGGGGAUGCUAAGGAGGGAUCUGGCGAGUUCAAGCCCAGGUUCGCUGGCGGAAUCGGCCGUGGUGCCCCCUUGUCCUAA